UGAAGCAUCAUGGCGACCUACACAAUUUCUCCGUCUAUGAGAUGCUCUUUUAAUUUUUUGUUAAAAGACACUGUUCUGAGUGUAAAGAAAAUAUGCCUUUUUUCGGACAGUUGCGCUGCAAAAGGUUACAGUAAUUGGAGGACAUUCAGUUUGUCUGUGUCAUCCCGGUCCUCUGACCCUCCAACAGCAGCAGAUAUUUAUGGCCCGGGUGACACCGUAGGUCACUUUGAUCGUCUAGUUCAGCGUGGGUCCCUGAGGAGGGAUGCUCAACAGAGACUUGUUCUUCAGCGACUGGCUCAGCUGCAGCAGACACUAAAAACCUACAGUAACAGCAUCUAUUUGAAUCCACCAGCAGUAAAAUCAAAACAGGACAAGAAUGAACCUCAGAAUGAUAAGAAGUCUUGCGCUGUAAUGGCUGAAGAGGAGGUACCCCUUAGACCACCACCACCUAAAGGCUUCUAUAUAUAUGGGGAUGUUGGCACAGGGAAGACCAUGCUCAUGGAUCUGUUUUACUCCCAUGUGGAAAAUCUUCAUAAAAAGAGAGUCCACUUCAAUGGCUUCAUGCUGGACAUCCACAAAAGGAUCCAUCGGAGGAAACAAAGCCUGCCAAAACGAAGGCUAGGGAAAAUGUUCACCUAUGACCCCAUAUCACCGGUUGCCAUGGAGAUCAGCAAUGAGACCUGCCUCUUGUGUUUUGAUGAGUUUCAGGUGACUGACAUUGCUGAUGCCAUGAUCCUGAAGCAGUUGUUUGAGACGAUGUUCAAAACUGGAGUGGUGGUGGUGGCCACCUCCAACAGAGCCCCUGACGAUCUGUACAAAAAUGGACUUCAGAGGGACACCUUUCUACCUUUCAUCGACAUGCUGAAGGACUACUGCCACACCAUCUGUCUGGACUCUGGGAUUGACUACAGGGGGCUGGACAAGCCUGCAGCUGGUAAACUGUACCACCUCAGCAGUGGGGAGCCUGGUGCAGAGGCCUUCCUGGACGCGCUGUUCGAGGAGCUCACGUUAAGACAAAAGAGUGUUACAGGUCCUCAGGUGAUCACCGUGCUGGGCAGAGACGUGACUCUUAAAAAGACCUGUGGCUCCAUCGCUGACUGUACCUUUGAUGAGCUGUGUGGUAGAGCUCUAGGUGCCAGUGACUACCUGGAGAUGGCGAGGCUCUUUGACACCGUAUUCAUUCGCCAUGUUCCCAUGCUGACGCUGACUCUGAAGGACCAGGCUAGACGCUUCACCACACUCAUAGACAACUUCUAUGACAACAAGGUGAGAGUGGUCCUGCUGGCAGCAGCUCCUUUAGACCGGCUUUUUGACCACACUGGAGGUGGAGACGAGAGAGAUCGACAGCUGCUGGAUGACCUGGGCCUCAGCGGAGAGGCAGCAGAGCGGCUCACCCUGUUCACGGCCGAGGAGGAGAUCUUUGCCUUCCAGAGGACCAUCUCUAGACUGAAGGAGAUGCAAACUGAGUCUUACUGGAUGAAGGGAGAUCGCAGUUACAGAAAGAGACACGUGAACAUCUAACAACUGUAAACAACUGCUAUGAUAAUUAUCUACCUCCAGUCUUCACUAACCAACCACACUGUGAGAAAAAAGGAUCACUUGAUUUUUGGUAAUAAAAGUGUUUGUUCCAUGGUAAAUACACAUAACAAAGCAUAACUCAUACAGUACCUGUUUGCAUUGGCUUCUCCUCAUCUGUUGUAUGUUUUGCUAUUUUAUUUCCUGUUUUGUUAGUUCAUACAAGGUAUGUUCUCUCCAUCUGGUUGACUGUUAAUGUUAAUCUUAAUGUAGAUAACGCUUCCAUGUGUGAACUGUAAGCCAAAAAAGUGCUCUGUUCAGACAAGGGGGACCAAGUAUACUUCACUAUAGGUGAUUAGUGCCCCCUAGUGGUUGAUUGUCAAAAGAUUUAAAUUUUCUAAAUGUUGGUGUCUAUGUCAAACCACAUCUGUAUAGAUUUUAAAUGUAACGCAUGAUAUUAAUACAUGUAUUUAAUGAUUGGUAUAAGCAUUUCCAUCUCAGAAUUCUUUACCAAGUAAAGCUGUUUUUAGUUAUUUUUUUCUUUUCCUAAUACUGUGCUUUGGUCUGGUUGGAAAGGAAAAUUUAUCUUCAUUGAUUUAAUGCAAAGUUAGACACAGUUCCAAGCCACCAUCCACGUUUUUACAAGAGCCAUAUUGAUAUGUGUAGAUGAGUAAUUAAAUCAGAUGCUUUGUAAAAUAAAAAACAAUAUUUUGUGUUAGAUGCAGCUGCAAAUGAUAGAGCCAUGCAAUAUUUUUUUACAAAUGGAAAAACUUCUAUUGAUUUCUGUAACAUCAAUCAGCAAUUCAAAAUUAGCUCAGCAUUAAAGAUUUAAUAUUAUUUUAAAGCGUGUGGAAUAAUCUCCUUUUCUCUAUAUUUUUUCACAAUUAAUGAACAGUGGUUUGUUGUUCUUCAGUUUGCCUGUAGGUGGCAGCAGAGAUCAACCAAUUACUAAAGGUUCAUUGUUGGCCAUCUGUGGAUGAGGUCAUCCUAGUGCACCAUUGGAGGCUGAACCAGCAUGCUUUGAUAACAACUACAGUAUCUAAACUAAGAACAUUAUAUAAGACAGUGUUUGUACAACGAGGCCAACUAGCCAUCGAGUGGAACAAGUCUAAACAUGCCAGAGUAAGUGCAUUAUCAAAUUAGAUUCAAGGGACACUGCAGGUGUGUGAGUCUGUGCACAGAUACAUGCGCAUGACAUGCAUCAUUUAAUGAUCCUUGAUUUACUUUUGAGGCUCUGAGUCUAACCCCCAACCUUCAAUUUAAGAAAAAUAAAUCAUGUCCUAUGCUGUGGCCCCUUAAUCUAAUCACAGCGUCACGCAAUUUAGGGGUAGACAUCAGGCACAACUAGAGAUGACCGCCCUGCUUUGUGAUUGUCUUAACUGGAUGAUUCGCCCUCACUUGGAGGAGUGGUCAUUGUCUCCGUCCUCUAUGGACCAUAGAUUUUAUAUCACAUGCUGACAUAAGGGAAAAUAUGAUGCCUUGUCUUAUUGUCUUGAUACUUGAAGCAGGUACUAUAUAGAAGUCAGCUUUUGUCCUGAUGCAAUUUUUCAAUCAGUGUUUCAAGGGAAUAACCCUCUAUAAUGUGUAUUUAACUCAUUAAAGGUUUGAAUUUAUAAAGAAAAAAAAAUCUUUGAUAUUUUUUUCUGUCUGUUUUCUGGCUUAUGUGCAUGAUUGUGUCUUUUUGUGUCCCCAUUUUAGCCUUUAAAAAGGGCACCCAGCUCCUCAUACU